AUGCUAGCGUCCAGCGAUUGUGUUGGUGCUGCGGCCGAGGACCCGCUCAGCAGCAUCACAGCAGUCGUCGACGGUAUCACCGGCAGCAGCAGCAGCAGCAGCCGCAACAGGGCCAAUAGCAUUAUCAGCCUCCAGGCGCGCGAAUCUAGCCAGUGCGGUCUUUCCUCGCUACAAGAACAUGGAGAAAGCUUGGAAGAAGGGGCCAUCGAUGCUGACGAUGGAAUCGGUCCUGGUGCCGAAGAUUCCUCUUCUGUUAGCCGCCCAGCCUCGUCCUGUAGCAGCUCGUCCUCUUCCUCCUCCGACAUCCAGCAACACCUGCAGUCAAUGUUUAACCUGCUCCGGAAGGAGGAAACGCUCAAGAUGGCUGUGAAGUUGGAGUCUCUGCGACCGGGACGCACGAGAUAUCUGGUCGUCGUUUCACGCACGGUUUCUAGCAAACGGCUGACGGGCUUGGGAGGAGCCGCAACCUUUACUGUUUUUCCCUCUAGUACUGUACCACCUGCAUGGCAAUCUACUUCUCCUUCGUCACCUUCGCAGCAUCUAUCCAGUCACCCCAGUUCGGCAUUGUCCGGUUUCGGUGUAGCUCUGACCGCCGGAGAAGCUUCGUGCGGCAACGUUCAAUGUGAUAAUAACACUAGUACUAGCCUAAGUAGUAACCCGAUAGCGGCGGGGCCAUCGGUAGAGGUGGUAGCCCCGGUUCCGGUUGGACUACCAGCACUGAUGUCCGCUGCCGCCAGCAGCGAUUACAUCGACAUGAGCCCUGCCUCGCGGUCUGCCAACGUUGCAAGCACAAUGCCUGCUGGCACUGCAUCCAGCAACUGUGCCCCAGUCGCUGGACAUCCGAGUCCCGCCGGCACUUCCGCUCCAGCCAACAAGGACACUGUCGAGUCCUGCUUGCUGGGUAUAGACUGCACCGAGCGUACAACGGUCGGGUUAGUGUUGAAGGUUCUCGCGGAUACCUCUAUACGACUGGAUGGUGACGGCGGUUUCAGUGUAAGCUCCUGUGGCAAGCAGCACAUAUUCAAACCGGUGUCGGUACAGGCGAUGUGGUCUGCGCUGCAGUCGCUACACAAAGUGUCGUCUAAGGCGCGGGAGCACAACUUUUUCGCGGGAGGCCCAUCACACGACUGGGUAGCCCACUACGAGGAACACAUCGACUCGGACCGUUCGUGCUUGAAUGAAUGGAACGCUAUGGAUUCGCUCGAAAGUCGUCGGCCACCUUCACCCGACUCGAUCCGCAGCAAACCCACGAAGCGCGAAGAGACAGAGAGCGUGAUAAGGUCGAAGUUGAAGGAGGUCAUGAUGUCCGUCGAUUUGGACGAUGUGACGUCCAAAUUCAUUCGCGGGCGGCUUGAGGAAUUGCUCGAUAUGGACCUGGGCGAGUACAAGCCAUUCAUUGACGCCGAGAUGCUCGUCAUUCUCGGCCAGAUGGAUGCCCCAACCGAGAUCUUCGAACACGUGUACCUCGGCUCCGAGUGGAACGCCAGUAACUUGGAGGAGCUGCAGCGGAACGGUGUUCGCCACAUAUUGAACGUGACGCGCGAGAUCGACAACUUCUUUCCAGGGCUCUUCAACUACUGCAACGUGCGGGUGUACGAUGAUGAAAAGACGGACCUGCUGCGCCACUGGGACAAUACGUUCAAGUACAUCACGCGUGCCAAGAUCGAGGGCUCGAAGGUGCUCGUGCAUUGCAAGAUGGGUAUCAGCCGCUCGGCAUCGGUCGUAAUCGCGUAUGCGAUGAAGGCGAACGGUUGGGACUUUGAGCGAGCGCUGCGUCACGUGAAGGGCCGCCGUAACUGCAUCAAGCCGAACAAGAACUUCAUGGCCCAGCUUGAGACAUACCAGGGCAUGCUGGACGCUAUGAAAAAUAAGGAGAAGUUGCAACGCAGCAAAAGCGAAACGAACCUCAAGCUAGCCGGUGCCAAGGAGGGUCGCUCGUUGCCCGGCAGUGAACCGACACCCCUCAUUCAAGCACUGAACGGUGGUAACGGUGGGACUGGAUCCCGAAAGCAGACGGUGGUUUCUCAGCCACAACUUAUCGGCGAGGCAAAGGCGGAACGAGCCGCACAUGACGAAAGUGUUGCAGCUGAUUGUCUGCGGGACGCACAAGCUUCGUUACCAGCGGCCACGCUUUCUGGAACUAGGGGACAACGGAGGCAUAGAGAGGGUAUUGAGCCACAGGAGCGGAGCCGCAAUCGAACGUCCCGCUUUCGGAACGUGCAACAAAGUAAUCACCCGGAAGCGAUCGUUUUGCAACUUGCAGAUGCAUCGGGCAGUGCGCCACAGCAAUGUUGCAUGCGUUCCACCAUAACCGGGGCGUCCACGCUGAAUAAAGCCACGGCGCCGCGCCUGGCAGGCACCAAGCGCCACAAGAGCCUUUCCCCGGACACGCUCCAACCUCGCUGGCAGUCCGUCUUCGAGACCGGCGCCACGACACCCCUCGGGUGUCGAUCGGUGCUCGACAGCGGCACUGGUUCGGGUGGUCGUCGGAAGCAACAAAGUUACUCGCUCGAGCAUCUGCACGGCGCUGCCCCUGAGAUGCGAUCGAUGGCGUCGGCCACCCAAAACGCCGAACCUAAAACGAUCCGGAUGCCGUGUGGCAAUGGCCAAAACUAUAGCGUCUCGCCCAACCAAAUCGUGCACCUGCAGGAUAAGCUUUCAAUCGGCGGGCGGCGCAACGAGGCGGAUCGCGCCGGUCCGUUUCGCUGGCUCUUCGAACCGUCUUCGGCGAGCGACGGCAUGCAACCGCUGCAACUGGACGCUGAGUUUGCUUACAUUUCUAACGUUGACGACCACCGACCACCGGCAGUCUGCACUUCCACCACCACCUUGUCCAACACAGCUUCCGACGCAACUGCAACGUUAACGUUAUCGCCAGAGUCAUCCACAACAGUGCCAUCAGCGGCGUAUAUAGACGAGCAGCCCGUGGCCUCCGUCAGGUCGAUAGUCAGUGAUCUGGAGCUGAACAGUGACGAUUCCGCUACCACUCUUCCAGCCAGCGCAACCGCCAGUGGCAGUAUUCCGACUGCACCGCCAUCACUACGGCAAGCAGAAGGUAGCGGCGCCGGCAGCGGAGGCAAUUCGGCGAUACCGAUUGGUUCGAUGGCGGCAGAAGCAGCAGCGGUCGCAGCCGCAGCGGCUGCCGCCGGUGCUAAAACCAAAGAACAGCCGGCCGUAGGGACCAGUCCGGAUGCAUGGGUUCUCGCGGACGAUCCGGGCGAGGGUUUGCUGCCGCCGCCUACCAUCUGCUGGACUUCCUCAACCCAGAUCAUUCAACAGUCUUGCACAUUGCCAGCCUCGGAGGAACCACAACCGGUGCCCUCUGUGGCGCGGCAGGGUUCAUGGAGUAGCUAUGACGCAGGAGUACCCGGUACCCUCCUAACACGAAACAGUUCCUGGGGCCCUUGCGACGCGCCACCUCUAGCUAUGGGCGAAGCACCCGACAGGCCUGGGUACAGGGCUGGGGUGCGCGAGCCCGAUACCGAGUGGCUCCCGCAUGCAAUCGAUAAGGACGGAGAGAUUCCGUGGUAUCCAGGAACGGUGAAGCGCACGAAAGAGAAGAUCGAGGAACGUUCCUCCGGUGCGUCGAGCUCUGGGUCUGGCCAAGCAGCGAACAUUUCGGCGUCUUCCUCUUCCGCCGCCAUUAAGCGCGUUUGCAGCGAACGGUUGCAAUCCGCCAUCAACCUAUCCAAAGGUUCGUUGACCUCGGGAGGAGAUGCCGUCACCACGGUUCAACCGGCGCACUCGUCUCUCUCAUUCGCCCCUCACAAACUGGACACCGAAAUCCCAACAGACUCUUACACCGGCACUAACGUUGAAGAGAUGGGGCUGGCUGCGUCCAGCAGCAACAGGAAGUGUGCCCGAAGUCCGCCCGACCGACUCGGUUCCGCAAGCUACGCACGUCUUUCUGCGUCGGCGCCGGACUCCUACAACCUGUACGCACCUCGCCCGUCUUAUUCCAAGGGAACCAGAGACAGUGUAGAAGUGACGCCGGGUGCAGUGGGAUCACUCGCGCUUAACGACCGCAACAGGCUACCAAGCCAGGGCGAGUUGGGCGUGCCCAAAGGGGGGCAUGUGGAGAGGAAGAAUGACGAAGAGUCGGAGAUCGAAGAAGCAACGUAUGAAGCGGCGUGGAGCGCCGUGGGCAAGGUACACAACUUGAAGAUGAGCUUCGAGGCGAAGUCAAAGGACCGACGGCGCGGCGAGCAGAAAAAGAUCCGCUCACUCCCCUCGUCCCCAGUCGCCGUGCAUGUCGACAUUGGGCAACCGAAGCUUCCAACAUCCGGCACCGGCACCACCACCCAACUCGCGGCUACCCCGUCCGUCGGGUUCGUAUCAACGAAUUCUCGUGCACAACAACCGUCCCUAUUCCGCCAACCAUCCUCGGCUUCUUCCUCCUCUUCUUCAUCAUCAUCGUCCUCUUCUUCUACCGGACCCUUCGCUUUAAACUCAUCAUCCGCGCCCGCCGCUACGUUGACUGCGGUAGCAGCCGGCCGCCGGCAGCAGCAUCAGUCGGAGGACGGACUGGUGCGCGAUCUGGUGGAUCGCUACGAGGUGCACGUUCCGCGCUUUCGCACCACCAUGCCCCGCCAACGGCCGCGAUCCGUGUUCGAACCACUCAAAAGCAGCGCACAAACCGAAAGUAGUAAAAGUGGUUUCGCCGUGGGACCGCUUAUGCUUUCGCACUCGACGACACUGAUUCGCUCGGAAGAUUUCUCCCGUCCACCCGUCCCACCGUCCGUCCCACUCGUUCGGGGACUGCUUCUACCACCCAUCACCACCGCCAUCACCACCACAACGACCACCGUUACCUCGGUCACCGGUAACACGUUGGUGCAACAUCACAACAACAAUCACAUCGGCUACCAGCAGUCUGUCGCCGCGAGUAGCAAUAAUUACGUGAACAACAAUAACAACAACACCGCCGGCGGCGGCGGAGGAGGAGGGGGAAAACGCACACAGCAGCACGGGCGGACGCAUCCGCUGGCGAAAAUCAACCCAACGAACACGAAGCAUAACCACGUCCAGCCGUAUCAUCACAGCUUCCUUCAGCAGCAGCAGCAGCAGCAGCAGCAGCAAACGAUGCCACGUCAUCAUCAACAGGAUGCCGGAGCACAAGGCCAACAACGGAAUGAUACGGGUAGUACUUCAAUCGAGGCCACAGCCCCGCCCGUUUCCGGAAAUGUGACAGCCAAUGCAUACAACACCAUGUAG